AAACCCCAGAAACUUUUUCGGCCCGCAAAGGCAUUUUGAUCUGUAUCUAAAAACAGAGAAGUGUAUGCGACUGAAACUUCUUGUAUGGAGGGAACCUUGGUUCAUACUAAGAAUAUGUUUAUAAAACAGCUCUGUAAUCAUAAGGUUUGAGAUUUUGCUAUGGCUUUCCGGGUGCGAAAACUUUUCGGAAAGAGAGCGUGGAGAGAUUGAGCGGGAAAAAGAGAAUCCGUUGACGUGAGAAUAUAAGCGGAAAUCUUGCUAAAAAUUUCGAUCAUUUGCAAAAUAUUCAGAAUAUGUUACGGAUCAAUGUAAAGCGAUAAAGGUUGGUCGGCCAUUGUAAAAAGUUGCACGAAGUGAAAAAUAAAUUGAUUGAGCUCUUGAGUCGGAAGUUUUUGUGAUCAACUUCAUGUCCAUUAUAUGAAGACCUUCCUUGAAAGGUAAGCACUGCUGGCCAAAUAUACGUACGUGGAUAGGUGCGAGGAGGUACGAGCUGUUUCAAAUAUUUUAGUUAUUUCUUUUCCUUGCUGCUCUAUUUUUCUGGAAAUUCUACGAAAGUACUUUUAAAUAAGCAACCAGAGGACCUUUAGAGGAAAAGCGGAGCUGGAAGAUGCCAACAAAUGCAUCAGGAAAAUUUAUUUGGUCAAGGAAUUUCGCGUGAUUCAAUUGCAGUUCAUUUUCCCGGCAGUUCAUCGAGUCUUUCUCAAGUAGUGAAUAUUUAUGUCGUCAACUUGAUUUGAUUACGCUCAAAACCUAGAUGUGGGAUUGCUUAACAAAUCUCGAUUGGUCGUCCUAUCAUUCUUGCAUUUGCGGUUUCUGUUGUGGUGGAAGCACAAAGGCCCUUCUACCGGUGUAAAUAGCGAGUUGACCUGAAGCAUUCAAGCUGGUGUAACUUCCUUGGUUUCAAGUGAUCUCUUGGGCUACGUUAGUUGCUAACUACAGUUGCAAUAAGCGCUUGUGGAUGUACAAGGAUUUCACUGAUGAACUGCAGUUAAUUCUUCAAAGAUGCCAUGGAUUGCUGAAUUCGGCAUUUGAGAGACAGCAGACAAACCAUUUUACCGAAUUCUUCUGGAGAAAUCUGAAUUUUUUAAUUGGUAAAGCUGCAGCUUAUUGUGUCGUUGCAUUUUACUGUCUUAGGCCGAAAGGAAACCUUUGCUUUACACCUCGGUCAUGCGAUUCAAGUUGAAAAGAACUUGCAAAUGUUUGGCAAUUUUAGUCACCUGUGCGGUUGUGUAUUUGUUCGCAAACUGCGGUUUCAGUGGCUGUUCAAAAUACGAACUGGAUCCGAUCCACGUGGCAGACUCGCACCCUAAACUCGGCGACAUGAUAAGCAUUGAGGAGUUUUGGACGCCGGAGAAGGAUAAAAUCAUUCCAGGCGGACCAGGUUCAAACGGGGAGCCUGUCGUAACGGAGCCAGAAAACGAACAAAAGAAAAGCAGAGCUUAUUCAGAAUAUGGCUUCAAUCAAUUUGUCAGCGAUCAGAUUUCUUUGGAUCGUUCCAUCAAAGAUACCAGACAUUCAGCAUGCAAGAGGCGCAAAUACCCACAAACUCUCCCCAAGGCUAGUGUUGUAAUAGUGUUUCACAAUGAAGGGUGGUCCACCUUAUUACGCACAGUUCACAGCGUUAUAAACAGAUCACCCCCACACAUGUUGCAAGAGAUAGUCAUGGUGGACGAUUACAGUGAUAAGGGUAAUUUUAUGUCUUGUUUCAGGAUCUAGAGAUGAUAUUGACAAUUAAGCAUAAUAUGAUGUACUUGUUGUACAUAG